AUGUCUGGCGAAAAGGGUAUUUCCGCUUUCCCCGACGGGGAAGAUAUGACAAGAUGGCUUGCAACCAUUCUGGGCCCAGAAAAAACGGUGUACGAAGGCGAAACAUACAAAUUGUCAUUGGAGUUCGGCUCUAGCUACCCCUACAAACCACCGACUGUACGCUUCGUGUCUCCAUGUUUUCAUCCCAACGUGGACACUCGCGGUAAUAUUUGCCUGGAUAUUUUAAAGGAGGAGUGGUCUGCGCUGUUUACUGUCAAAAGUAUUCUCCUGUCCAUCCGCAGCCUCUUGGCAGAACCAAACAAUAAGAGUCCACUGAAUGGUCAGGCAGCCCAACUCUGGUCAGAUCCGGAGGCGUUUCGUGCGGCGCUUGUACGUUUCCAGUCAUCGGCCAUGCCUGCAGCGGAUGCAGCAGGCGAAUAG